AUGUGGGGUAUGCUCAAGCCAUGCUGCUCCGCACUCAAGACCAUCAAGUUCUACGAGGCUCAACCCGUUGUACAUAUUGGCCGCAACCCCAUUACCAACAGCGUCGUUUUUCUGGCCACCAAAAUUAGCAACGAGCACUGCAAGUUUAAGUGGAAUGGUAAACGUGAUGCCACAUCGCACGUAGAAGUGACGGACACCUCGGCCAACGGUACUUGGAUCAACGGAAAAAAGAUUGGAAAAGGGGGAAUCGGCAUCCUCAAAGAAGGGAAUGAGAUUGCAUUUGGAGAGAAUCCUAUUCGACGUACUUCUCCACCACAGGAAGACUAUCGUUAUAUAUUUCGUCAUAUGGCAUCUGAACCCGCCAAAGGUAGCCUGCAUGCAUCCUAUAGCAUUGGUCACGAACUUGGCAGAGGUACAUUUGCGACUGUCAUGAAAUGCCUGUCACGGACGACCAGUGAAUGGUUUGCCGUUAAGAUCAUUCAUAGCCAAGCGCACAAGAUGGCCACGCUAUUUGCAAGAGAGAUCAGUAUCCUCGAGACGCUUCAGCACAGGAAUAUUUGUCAGCUGAAACAGGUAUUCUUUGCAGAAGGCUUGGUGCUGGAACUCGUCGAGGGUGGCGAUUUAUUGGAUUAUAUCGAUUCUCGCGGAAGCCUCCACGAGCCUAUGGCUCAGCAUUUUACUUUCCAGCUUGCUGAAGCUCUUUCUUAUAUUCACGAGAAGGGUAUCGUACAUCGAGACCUCAAGCUAGAAAACAUUCUUCUCACCACCGACAAUCCCCCUGUCAUCAAAAUUGCUGACUUUGGUCUCGCUAAUGUUAUUAAUAGGUUGACGCUCCUGAAGACGAUGUGCGGCACGCCUUCGUAUAUUGCUCCAGAGGUCGUGUCUCGUGAAAAGAACAGGGGCUACGAUCACCUCGUUGAUUCUUGGAGCGUUGGAGUCAUUAUCUUCAUGAUGUUGACUGCUCAGUCACCUUUUGUUGAGGAUGAGAUGAUCACGGAUGUCAGAACCCGUAUUCUGAAACGUAGCAUAGACUGGGAUGUUCUUGAGAGCGGUCAUACAAUAGCAAAUCACCUGGUACAAAACCUGCUUCAGUACUUUCCCGCUGACCGUAUGCCCCUCUCCGAUGUCCAGAAGCACCCCUGGAUUAUCGAGCGUGGCUACAUGCCGUACUAG